UUACAAGUCGUGACAACCAAUUCCGACCAUGCUCACGGGGAGGAGUCUGCAGUCGGUCUGUCUAUCAUGUCGGCUUAACAUUCUGACGUCUCAAGCGCGCAAUGCGCAUUCCAAGGUCCAGUUCUCUCGAUCGACCAGAUUCCCCCGGACAGACGCCUUACGACAGCGUGUAGCGCAGCGAAGGACGUUUGUUAGCACACGGAACCGAAAACAGCAGACUCGAGAACAUGCAACCGAAUCCGCAAAUCCCCUCGAUGACUACCCACCCACGCCGGGCGAUCGAUUAAAUAUUGAGGUGGCGGUGCGGAGGGCGAGGCAGGCGUUUGGCGAUGCUCUGCCGCGAGGACACUUGAGUGAGGAGGAAUAUGUUGUGUAUGAGCGGCUAUACGGGACGCCAGUGUUUGUGGAUAAGGCAGAGGAUCUGCAAGCGGGUGUGGAGGAGGCCGAUAUCGUCGCGGAGGAGCAACCGGAUGGCUCCACGGUGCUGCUGAGGAAAGGGGACGAUGGCGAGCUGGAGGAGGUGGAGAUGAUUGACGAGCCCGAGGAAGAACUAGAGGGCGAAGCGGAGGAGACCAUGACGGAGAAGAAGUGGGAGGAGUUGAGAGAGCAGAACGCGCAGAGCUAUCACGAAGAGAUCUACGAAAAGAGUAGGGCGGGGCUGGAGGAAGAGUGGGAGGAUGAGCAAGAGGCAGAGGAGGAUGACUUCAUGCGUGCACAUCCAUUGACACUCGCAGGCCGCUUCAAGCCCUCUCCUUCCACCGUCUUCCUCCCCAAAGAGACUCUCGUCGACCCGACCACGCUCCUCUUGACACGAGCGAACCAUAAGCACCUAGCCGAAUCUGUGAAUCGCUUGUUCGGUGGAAAUGGGCUGCCACACUCUGCCAGCACACCUCCGGCCCGCCUAGGCAAAGAGCAGAAGCCGAUACCUCUCGAUGCGUCGCAAACAGACAUGGGCAAUAUCGAGGCGGAUGCGUAUAUGGCUUCGGUCCAGCCAGGGACUUAUGCGAGCGUUAUGAGCGCAUUGGUGGAGGUCCGACGACGACUGGGCACGUCAUGGGUUGAGCAUCUGCUGCAGAAGAAAGGUGGUAUGGUGCUCGAUGCUGGGUCAGGUGGUGUUGGUGUGCUGGCAUGGCAUGAGAUCCUCAAAGCAGAGUGGGAAAGGAUGCACGAAGAGGCUGGAGCUACCUCGCAAGGGAGCGCUCCGCUUGGGAAAGCCACAGUGCUGGCAGGUUCGGAUACCUUACGACACCGUGCCAGCCGGUUACUGGAGAACACGACGUUCAUACCACGAAUGCCGGAAAUGGCCGCGUCAGAAGAAGAGGAGAAUUCCCAGCAGCCGCGGAAGGUAUACGAUUUGAUUAUCGCGCCACAUACCCUGUGGCCGCUGAAGCAAGAAUACCUACGAAAGGAGCAGGUGCAGAAAUACUGGUCGCUCCUUAAUCCGAAAGGAGGUGUUCUGGUUCUCGUCGAAAAGGGUCUGCCUCGAGGUUUUGAAGUCAUCGCUGGAGCUCGCGAAUUGCUGCUGAAUAGGCACAUCGCUUCACCGGGCUCCACGCAAGUGGAAACGCCCCUUGAGGAGCAGACCUCUAAACCAGAGCAAGACACCCGCUUCACUGAGAAAGAGACGGGCAUGAUUAUCGCGCCCUGUACGAACCACAGCACAUGCCCCAUGUAUCAAUCUCCCGGAAUCAGCGCAGGUCGGAAAGACUUCUGCUUCUUCAGUCAACGCUACAUCCGGCCGCCGUACCUUCAGCGCAUUCUUAACGCCAAAGACCGCAACCACGAGGAUGUACAGUUCAGCUACCUCGCUGUUCAACGUGGACGCGACCAGCGAUUACCUCUCCACGAUCCUCUCGGCAAAGGUGUUGUCCAGAACGAAGAAUCGACGACUCGUGCCUUCGAAGGCCACGAAUGGAACGCUGAAAACGACCUACGCACUUCCGCCGACGUAAACACCCUAACACUCCCCCGCCUCGUGCUUCCCGCCCUCAAACGCCGCGGCCACAUCAUCCUUGACGUAUGCACGCCGGGCGGUACACUCGAGCGCUGGACCGUCCCCCGCAGCUUCAGCAAGCAAGCCUUCCGCGACGCCCGCAAAGCGCGCUGGGGCGAUCUCUGGGCGCUGGGGGCGAAGACGCGCAUUCCGCGUAACGUCAGAUUAGGCAGGCCGCGGGACGAGUUCGACAAGAAGGGCAGGAGGAUCAAGGCGCCCAAGCAGAUGGUUAUUGAGCUGGGGAUUAGUGAGAGGGGAGAUGAAGGCGCGAGGAUUAAGAAAACUGGGAAGUAUACGCAGGAGAGGAAGAUCAGAGGGAGUGGUGGACGGAAGGGCAGGAAGAAGCAGGCGGACCUGGGGGAGUAUGAUUUGCACGAUGUGUAUUAGUGACUGUGUAAGGUUUCAUGGGAUUGGAUGAUGGCUGGGAGGAUUGUACAAAAUAUGUUGCAUAUACUGUGUAGUGUGUAGGCAUUGGGUGGAGUCUUCUGGAUCUGGCGUCAGGAUAAACGCGCCCGUUCGACCAGGAACACGGUACUACUUCCGCGACCGCGGCUCUCGCUCCGAACCGCACACGUACAUACACUUGUACAAUAUUCUAUGUAGAACCACUACUCUACGCUCGAGGCGAUUCGCAC